CGCGCACCCGCGUGGGCAGAACGGGAGCCCUGCGGGCGCGCGCACUCGCGCAGGCCCAGCGCUUGCCCUGCCCGGCCGGAAGCCGCGCCGAUGCGCUGCGCGCGCCGCCUGCCUGCGCUCCUGGCGGGGGGCGCCGGGAGCACCGCGCUGCGGCGAGUGACCCCGGCCGGCCGAGGAUGAUCACGAACACGCGGGGCUUCCUCUGGUCGGACCUGGAGACGCGGGCGCUGCUGGAGAUCUGGGGCGAGGCCGACGUGCAGUCGGCGCUGGACGGCAACUUUCGCAACAGCCAUGUGUACCGGGACGUGGCGUGCCGGCUGGCCGAGCUGGGCUUCGAGCGCACCCCCGAGCAGUGCCGCAUCCGCAUCAAGGGCCUCAAGCGACAGUACUACCAGGCCCGGGACGGGCUGAAAAAGAACGGGCACGCCCGCAAGAUAUGCAAGUAUUACGACGAGAUGGACCGCAUCCUGAGCUGCAGGGGGGGUCCCGAGGGCGCCCCCCACCCCGAGGCGCUGCCCCCGCAGCCCCCGCCGGGCACCCCGCGCGGCGCUGACCCCGACCUGGACGAGGACGCCGAGCUCGAGUCCCCGCGGCACAACUUCGCCGAGGACUCCGGGGAGUGCUCCUCCUACGCCGAGCACCCCGUCAAGGUGGAAUGCCCCCCCUUCGCCAUCCCCGUGCCGCCGGGCGACGGCUUUAAAGAAAUCAAUGCUCCAACUAUUAACCCACCUCUCAGUCAGCCCAAAAGAUCAAAAAAGCGCCAUGCAAAUUUAACGUGGGAUAAAAUGAUGGAAAAAUUCCUGCAGCAGAGCGUGGAUACAGAAGAGAAAUUUUACAGAUAUGAAGAGCAGAGGCUCAAAAUUGAGGACAAGCGUCGGGAAGCUGAGCAUGCUCGAGAGCUCCAGAUGUUACAGAUGUUGGGACAGAUGUUGGCAGGAAUUUCUUCUACGGUAUCACAAAGGUCACAAACUAUACCAGCAAGUCCACCUCAGAGAGCGAACCAUCGUUCGUAUGGGGAUAACUUUAAUUAUAAUGCUAUGACAGCAGCACUUUCUCCACCGAUAGUUAUAGAGAGAUCUUUUUCACUGCACAGAACGCACUCUCUAAAGGAUAUGGAGAAUAUUUUUCAACUGGUGCGCAACGUUAUCCCUCCUCUAACAGGGAAAAGGCAUAAAGGUCAAGAUGGACGCAUAGGCAUUGUUGGAGGAUGUCGAGAGUACACUGGAGCACCAUAUUUUGCUGCAAUAACAGCUCUCAAAGUGGGUGCAGAUUUAUCCCAUGUGUUUUGUACCAAAGAUGCGGCAACAGUAAUCAAAUCAUAUAGUCCAGAGCUGAUUGUUCAUCCAGUUCUCGAUAGUCCCAAUGCUGUCCAUGAAGUGGAAAAGUGGUUACCACGACUGCACUCAGUUGUCAUAGGACCUGGCUUAGGUAGAGAUGAAGUCCUACUUGAGAACGCUAAGGGCAUUAUAGAAAAAUCAAAAGUGAAAGGAAUUCCUAUCAUUAUCGAUGCUGAUGGACUUUGGCUCAUUUCCCAGCAGCCAUCUCUUAUUCAGGGCUACCAGAGAGCUAUUCUUACUCCAAACUAUAUGGAGUUUAGUAGACUGUAUGAAGCCAUGCUUAGAGACCCUGUAGACAGUAGUGAUCAUCAUGGAUGUGUAUUAAGACUCAGCCAAGCCAUGGGGAAUUUGACAAUUGUUCAAAAGGGAGAAAGAGAUCUUAUUUCAGAUGGAGAGAAAGUACUUGUGUGCAGUCACGAAGGAAGCAGCCGGAGAUGUGGUGGACAGGGGGACCUCCUUUCUGGUUCUCUUGGAGUCUUAGCGCACUGGGCAUUUCUUGCUGGAGCAGAAAAAACAAAUGGUCAAAAUCCCUUUCUAGUGGCUGCGUUUGGAGCUUGCUCUCUCACGAGGCAGUCAAACCACCAAGCCUUUCAAAAAUUUGGACGUUCAAUGACUGCCUCUGACAUGGUUUCAGAAGUUGGAACAGCUUUUAACAAACUUUUUGAAACCUGAAGCCAAAGCAGCAAAGAAGGAGAAAAGGAAGAACAGUGACUGCAAGAGUAAUUACAUUUACUGUAGAAUUGACAUAAGUAACGCACCCUUUCAAGUGCUGUAGCAGCAUUGGUACGCUAGGUAGAUUUUUUUUUUAUUUUUCAGAAUAGAAAAAUAUGAUUAAUGUAGAUAUUUUUUAAGAGUUUGGAAUACAAAAAAUGUUUUGGCUGAAAUAAGCUGUAGUGCAGAUCUGUUAUAAUAUAAUAAAACUAAACUGAAAGUAUUCCUCUGUUCUUUUUGAUAGUUAUUGAGCAAUAACUAAAGUGUGAACAGCAAAAAAAAAAUAAAAUGCACUUGAUACUUAGAUAAAAUUCUUCCACCAGCUCAACCGAGUUUCUUGGAUUGCACCAAGUUUGUCAUGUUUUCAUUCUUAGACCCUCUGUCUAGAAUUAGCUAUUGCACUUCAUUUUUUGCCAUGCUAGUAUAUUAAGAAGCAAAAAGUGUAAGCCUCUUUGGAAAGGGAAUGCAUGAGAGUUACUGUAGAUUUUGAAUGUAAUUAGUUGCCUUUUUCCCAUUCCUGGCCCCAGAGGCAGCAUUUAUUUCCACAAGACACCCCCUCCUACAGUGUCUUGGGUUUUCUGGAGAGGUUCCCCCAAUUGCAGAAUAAGGAUACAUUGUAGGUAUCUUAGGCAAAAUUACUGUUUAGUACUACCUGAAAGAAAUACUUCUGUUUCUUUAGCUAACCUUGACUCAUCUUGCCUUCGAAAUGGUGAAAUUAUCAUUUGGAGAGAUACUAGGUGGGGCAAGAACCUUAAGUGAUACCUGAUUGAACUGGUCAAACGCUGUGUUCGUGGAAGAGUGAAGUGCUUUUCAAACACACGCUGCCUGCUGAGUUAGAGCUCUGAGAAGAUGUGUACAGAUGCAUAGGUGGAUGUUUAUUAACUAGCAGCAAUAUGAAUGGAAGGAACAAAAGGCAGGCAGCAGCACCUCUCUGUGUGCUCCUGGUGUUGUGCAGGCGGCCGUACACCACGAGCCAAAGGCAGGAAUAGAAUAAAAGGUGGUCGGUGUUGGAGCUCUGAGCACAUCACUGAGGUUUAGGGGCUUUUUGCUCUGCCCUUAUCAGGACAGACAGGACUCCUGCUGUUAGGGCUGUAUCUGUCAGGCUCAUUGGCAGAGCAGAGGUUGGGUAUAAAGGGGAAGUUGCGUAGGAUUUUGCACAGUAUCAUUUCUGAAUUUUUUGGAAAUUCACUUAAAGCUUGUAGGAAUGGAACCAAUCUGGAGAGGGGCAAGUUCACACCCAGUACAGCUAGAAAACUUCCCUUAAGCUCUGGAAGUGGGUACUGCCCUUAAACCUACAAGCCAGCUCCAAGUGUAUAUACUUACUCAAGUGCAGAAAUAAGCAUAUUAAUAUAUCUAGUUCUUGCAAUAGAUGUUAUAUAUUCAUUGCAGCCCCUCUUUCCUAGUGACCUAGCUCUAGACUGGAAUACACUGCCCUGCAAACUGGUCAGAUCUCAUUCUCAUACCUUGCAAUGGCUGCUCCCAGAAAGCACCUGGAAUCAGAAAGGCUGCUCCACGUUAUUUCCCUUCUGCCCUUAGAGUUGAUAUUUCUGGAUGCACUGUGACUACUACCUCACCCCAAUGCAUUUUUGGUUUUUUUCUUUUUAAACCAGUUACCUAUUUUUAAAAUAGGUUUCUAAAUGUUUGCGCAUUUUGGUCUUAUGAGGGUUCACAGACUUUAUAGAUUAGAGCAACGUUGACUCAUAAGAGAUGGGGUUUUGGUGUUUAAGCAGUUUUGUAAACUGUCUGGGGAAACAAAGCUACUAUUGUUUUUCCCCUUAAAACUAUUUGAGAAGCCCGACUUCUUUUAAAUAAAAUCGGAAAGUUAGAACUGAUUUUAAAACAGCUACUGGAUUUCGUUUAAAAUGAGCAUUUUUUUGUAUUUAGAACAUCAGUGGUAUUAGAAUCUAAAUGGCAUUUGUAGGCGAAAACAAUGAAUAAACAGAGCUCAGUACAGAUUUCAACCUGCCCUUGGUUUUAAAUCUCCAUGGAAGUUGUAACUCUGUUAUCCACUAAUGUAAACAAAUUGUUACAAUUUUUAAACAUUCUGGAAAUGUAGCAGUUUCUUUUGGGUAGGAAAUAAAAACAAUAGCAAAUUAACUGUGUGUCCUUUGUUUGGUGUUUGGAUCACGCUUCCCACAAAAGCAGAGCUGACUGCUUGCCAUUCAUUUUCAUUUGUUAUUGGUAUAAGCAGCACGGCCCUUAGCAAGCCUGAAAUGCCACCGUGUCAAAUAAGCACCUGCCACAGCGCCAAUUGUCUUCUCUAGCGGCACCGCUCAUCAUUACAGAAUGGGUUGGGUCAGAAGGGACCUCAAAGAUCACCCAGUUCCAACCCCCCUGACAAGGACAGGGACACCUCCCUUGGGAACAGGUUGCUCAAAGCUUCAUCCAACCUUGCCUUGAACGCUUCCAGGAACGGGGCGCCUACAGCCUCCCUGGGCAACCUGUAGCAGUGCCACAACCACCUCAUCGUGAAGGAAUUCUUCAUAACGUCUAGUUUAAAUCUUCCCCCUUCCCAUUUAAAGCCAUUUCCCCUUGUCCUAUCCCUACAUGCCCUUGUAAAAAGUCCCUCCCCAGCUUUCCUGUAGCUCUUUCAGGUACUGGAAGGCUGUUAUUAGGUCUCCUCGGAGCCUCCUCUUCUCCCGGCUGAACAACCCCAACUCUCUCAGCCUGUCCUCAUAGUAGAGGUGCUCCAGCCCUCUGAUCAUCUUUGUGGCUUCCCCGGACCCAUUCCAACAGAUCUGUACCCUUCCUGAUAAC